AUGUGGAUUAAUAAAUGUACCAAAUUGUUUUUUAGACGAUGGCAAGGAUGCGGGUUUCUAAAUACCUCUGCUGCAACAAAGGCAACUAUCGUUGAGCAACCACCCGAAGCACCUGUUAUACUUAAAGCACUUCCAGUAUAUCCUUCGUUUCUUCAAGCAUGGUAUCGUGAUUUCAAGACCAAUCUGCCUUUGGGUAUAAUGAACGUAGAAAGGCAAGUGUUUGGUGCACCUAUCAGGAAAGAUAUACUUCAGCGAGCGGUCAUUUGGCAACGUGACUGUCUGAGACAGGGAACACAUUCGACUAAAAACCGAAGUGAAGUAAGCGGAACAACAAAAAAAUGGGCACCACAAAAGGGAAGAGGUAAAGCAAGAGUUGGUAGUCAUCGUGCACCUCAUUGGAAGGGUGGUGGAAUUGCUCAUGGGCCCAGACCACGUUCUCACGCUACUGACCUUCCACGCCAAGUUCAAGAGUUAGCUCUCCGCUCUGCUCUUGCUACAAAAUUUGUGCAAGACCAGCUUGUUAUUGUCCAAGAUGUGCAUUUAGAAACAGAAAAAACAAAAGAUUUAAAAGCUAUUCUUGAUAGCAACGCAUGGGAUCCCCUUGCUAAAGAUAGGAAACAAGGCCACUCAAUCUUAAUCUUGACUAAAGAACAUAAAUAUAAUUUAGACCUUGCCUCAAGGAAUUUGCAGAGAGUUCAUGCUUUGACAGCAGAAGAAAUUCUUGAUGCGGGUGAUGUUUAUAACAUCAUAGGUCAUGAAAUUUUGAUCAUGGACAAGGAAGCGACAGAAAUGUUGCAAACAGCAUUGAAACCUAAAUGA